AUGGACGGCACGCACACGGCUGCGGGCAGCCCCAACGUGACGGUGGCGAACGUCCUGUUGUACGGCCGCGUGCUGGGCGCGGGCGAUCUGCAGCGACUGCAACUCGGCAGCUGCACGAUUCCGCCGCGGGGUGCCGAGAGGGCGGUCGCGGCGGUGGUGCGGGGGCGGCUCCCGGGCCGCACGCCGAAGGCGGCGUUGCCAGCGACGCUCAGCCGACGGCGGUUGAUGUUGCAGCCGAAGUCGACCACUGGCGACGCUUCUGUGCCUUCACGGCCUCAUCCUCCACCACCACAGAGCGCAGACGCUGGCUUGGCGUCCGGUGGGGGAAGGGGUGACGACACUUUGCGUGGGCGUGUGUCUCGGGCAAUGCUGUUGACUCUUCUUCGGCUGCGGGGCGCUGCGGCAGUCUUCUGA